AUGGAUGGUAAGGGGAAGCAACAAAGCAUAUACCAGCAAUGCGCUGUAUCCAUUGUUUACGUCCUCAGUAUCUUUACCACACUUCUCAACAAGCACGCUGGUACUCCCAUCUUAUGGCUAUGUGAUUAAUUAAAAAAAACUAAAGUUAACUGAUUGCUGGCUGAAGAUGUUACAAAGCCAUCAGAAACGUAGGGAGGUCCACAUUACCUUCACAUGCACAUUACACCAAAUAGUUGGCAAGCACAAAAGUGGCACAGUUGAAAUUCUCCUUAGUUCUCAACGUGUUCCCCCUAUAUAUAUAGACCGAAUCAUCACUGUCAUUUCAGGCAUUUGUAGCAACUUUCUAUCAGUAGCAAAGAAAAAAGAUGGAACCCACUUCCAGAAUUCCCUCUUCCCAUCAGCCAGUCAGGUCCAUUAGUCUGCCCACCAGAAUACAUCCAUCAUGCCAGAGAGUUCAAGCACUUUUCAACCACUUAAAGCCAAGUCAGGAGAGAUCUGUCUCCAGCAAUUUGGAAGCGGAGACGAUUCAGACUGAUCUAGUUGUUCUUUCAGAAUUGUACAGUUGCAUGGAGGAACUCCUCCAACAUUCCCAGACCCAACAAGCUCUUCUGAAAUACCAGCAAGGGAAAAUGGUAGAAGAGGCACUGGGUGGGUCGGUCACGUUGUUAGAUGCAUGUGGGGCUGCAAGGGAUUUAUUAUUGGUUCUCAGGGAACAUUUACAAACACUUCAGUCUGCUCUAAGAAGAAGACGAGGAGAUUCUACCGUUGAAAGCAGCAUAUCUGCUUAUGUGAGCUUCAGGAAGAAGGCGAAGAAGGAGAUAGCGAAACAACUCGGAGCACUGAAGCGAACGGAGAUCAAAGUUAGCCCCUUUCCUGAGAUGGGUCAAGACCAGAACCUGAUAUUUCUGGCUCGAGUUCUAAAAGAAGCAGGCACCGUCACUAUUUUCGCAUUACGUUCUCUUCUCGUGUUCUUGUCGACACCGAGGCUCAAAACGAAAGGGUCCUCCUUGGUCUCCAAGCUAAAGCCAACCAGACUAUUUUCAUCGGAGAAGGAACAGAGGAAUACGAACGAAGGUUCCCUGUGUUCCCUCAUAGAGAAAGGAAGAAACAACGAAGCACAGAGGAUUUUGGAGGAAUUGGUUGAUAACAUGAAUGGUAUUGAGGGCGGAUUGGAUUGCAUCUAUAGGUGUAUAGUAAAACACAGGGUGUGCUUUCUGAACAUGCUGUCUCAUUAAAUCAGUGAGCUGAGGAAUCUUGUAUUGAUGCCUUUUGUAAAACUCGGAGUGAUCAUGGAGUCCGAAUUUUAGAAGGAUUGUGGUCCCUCGUGAAUCAAUGCAUGUAUGGAGAGCAUUCGAUAAUUGCUUCUUGUCUUACUCAUUACAAGUU